AUGGAAGGGGAGGAGGGGGACUGGUUGGCAUUACGCAAAGUCGUCCUCAGGCGAGCUGCAUUGGAGGGCGCUCCGUUAACAUACCAAGACGACUGCUCAGCUCUCGUCAGUCUCGCUGACGUCCUGCAUGGGCGGUUCCAGAAGGACGAGGACGAAGCAGAUUUCAAUGACGUAAUCACCCUCCGGCGUGCAGCAUUGAAACUCACUCCUCCGGGGCACGCAGAACGCCUCGCGCAUCUCGACAUCUUCGCCAAACUCCUGGACGGGAGAUUCAGGAAGAAGGGUGGUAUGGAAGACUUGACGGAAACCGUCACCCUUCGACGUGCUGUCUUGGAGCUCACUCACCCUGGUCAUCCUGAACACCUUGCAUCCCUUGUCAACCUGGCAGAUUGCUUGGAGGAGCGAUUCCAGAGGAAUGAUUCCAUGGAAGAUUUGACCGAGAUUAUCACCCACCGGCGUGAUGCGUUGGGGCUCACACUCCCAGGGCACCCAGAACACCUCGCGUGUCUGAUCAACCUUGGGAAUUGUCUAGACCAGCUAUUCAAGAGGGAGGGUGGCGCGGAACACUUGACGGAAAUCAUCACCCUCCGACGUGCUGCGCUGGAACUCACUCCCCCAGGUCAUCCAGAUCGCAUCCGGUCUCUCUCCAAUCUUUCAAAAUGUCUGGAUCAGCGAUUUAGGAGAGACGGCUCCAUGGAAGAUUUGAUGGAAGCCAUCACCCACCAACGUGCUGCGUUGAAACUCGCGCCCCCAGGGCAUCCGGAACGCCUCGAGUCUCUUGUCAACCUCGCAGAUUGUCUGGACCAGCAAUUCACAAGGGAGGGUGAUGUGGAGUUUUUGAUGGAUAUUAUUACCCUCCGACGUGCUGCAUUGGAACUCACUCCCCCGGGGCAUCCCGAGCGCUUUGCGUCUCUCGUCAACCUUGCAAGUUCCUUGGAUCAGCAGAUCAAAGGACUCCGAGAUGACACCCUGACCGACUUAGAGGAGAUUAUCUCUCUCCGACGAAGUGCAUUGGAAUGCACUCCCUCCGCACCUUCUGAUCAAUGCAUGUUUCUAAUCAACCUUGCAGCCUGUCUUCGUGAAAACUACCAGAAAAUGGGUGCGCAAGCCGAGUUGGAUGAAGCCAUCGUACACGCUCGUGCUGCGUUGGCGACUUGUCCUCCAGAACAU